GGUGGCAUGUUAUGUCUAGUGGAUACCAUUAAGAACCACUAAUGGUAAUGGUUUUAAUGGUUAACUGAUGGUUUGUAAUGGUAUUUGUAGUGGAAACCAUUAGAAUUUCUGUGAUGGUUUCUAUUGUUUUUUUCAGCAGGGGUCAGUGACUUUGGCAAAUACAUUUUUUUUAUUUUCUAAUGAGUGUUUUUUUUUUUUGUUAGAACUAAGGUAAAUAGUUUUUUGUUUGAGUCAACAAUUUGAAUUAUUGUGUAAUGUUUAUUUUUUAGCUUGUUUUGAAGGGUGCCAAUCAUUCUGAAGGACAGUAUACAUCACCUGUGAUUUUUGAAAAAUCGUUUGUAAAUAAUAAUAAUAAUAAUAAUAAUAAUAAUAAAUAGUAAUAACUGUUUUAAAAUAAAGCAGGUUAAAGUGGAUUUUAUCAGUAUAGCCCCUAUCUUUCUACACGCGUACACGCAGGAGCACACUAGCUUCCAAUAUGGCGGACUCGUACGUAAUAGCGUUGAGAUCCCUGCUGUCCAAUCACAGAGCGCAAUGUCGAAAGUAGGCAGAGCGCAGUCAGAACGCGUUGCGGUUUACUUCCGGGUGAGAACUCGUCCUCUGGGUGAAGUGCAACCAUGGGUAAUGUGUUGGCUGCCAGUUCUCCCAGUCCACCUCCACCAGUGCAAGCUGGGCCGGGGUUGCUUUCUGUGCCUGCUGGCUUCACCAUGCCGGCUGUCUCCCCGAUAUCUCCUGCUUCUUCUGGGCAACAGGAGAGCGAGCCGCCUCUACCCAACCCAGGUGCUUUUGAGGAGUUCCACCGGAAAUGUAAAGAGGUGUUUCCCAUGCAGAUGGAAGGAGUUCGGCUAACAGUCAACAAGGGCCUCAGCAGCUGUUUCCAGGUCAAUCACAACAUCAUGCUAAGCACCACGGGAGAUUCCAGUUACAGAUUUGGUGCUACAUAUGUAGGGACCAAGCAGACAGGACCUGCGGAGGCAUUUCCAGUUCUGGUGGGUGACAUGGACAACAGUGGCAGCCUCAAUGCGCAGAUUAUUCACCAAAUAAGCGACAGAGUGCGCUCCAAGCUGGCCUUCCAGACGCAGCAACAAAAGUUUGUCAACUGGCAAGGAGAUGUUGAGUUUAAAGGAGACGACUUCACUGCUACAAUUACUGUAGGAAACCCAGACAUGGUGGUAGGAUCAGGCAUUGUUAUAGCUCACUAUCUCCAGUCGAUCACGCCGUCCUUGGCACUGGGGGGAGAGCUGGUGUACCACCGCCGUCCUGGUGAAGAGGGAACAGUAAUGUCGUUGGCAGGAAGAUAUACAGGUUCUAAUUUUAUUGCCACUCUGACCCUCGGAGGUGCUGGUGCACAUGCAUCAUAUUAUCACAAAGCCAACGAGCAGCUGCAGAUUGGGGUGGAGCUGGAAGCCAGGACUUGUAUGCAGGAAACAAGUGUAUUGUUUGGUUACCAGCUGGACAUCCCCAAGGCCAAUCUGCUCUUUAAAGGUUCUAUAGACAGUAACUGGGUAGUAGGAGCAACGCUGGAAAAAAAGCUGCUGCCUCUUCCCCUGUCUUUGGCGCUUUGUUCUUUCCUCAACCAUCGUAAAAACAAGUUCCAGUGUGGGUUCGGUGUGACCAUUGGAUGAGCCACCUGUUCCGAGUUGAAGUGAACAGGGGCUGAAAUUCAUACACUGAUGUUUUAGGAAUCAGCAACAUCUGGACACUCAUACAAAGUGCACCAUCAAUUUACCCUUUUUUUUUUUUAAUAUA